AUCAAAACACAAAAGAACACCAUUUUUCUUAAACAAACACAAUAUAUAUAGAACGAGAACGAUCGAUGAUGAACUCUGGAACCAUGUUGAUCAGAAGGAGAAUCUCUCCAUCUCUUCUUCUUCUGGCCAUGGCUGCCGCAGUACUCUUUCUCCACGCGGAUGUUGGCCGAUCUCCAAUCUUUGCAGGUGAUCGAUUAUAUAUAUGUUUGAUGAAUUUUCGUUCAUUUUCCUCCGAUCCAUCAUAUUAUUAUCCCUCUCUACAUAUUUUGUGUUGCUUGCUUGUGUGUAUAGCUGCGCAUUUUGUGAAGAACUGUAGAGGAGUGACAGUGGUGAGUACAACGGACACGUGCUGCGAUGUGGUGAGAAGAGACGGCAUCACAAUGAAGCAGCUCUUCCGUUUAAACCCGCAUCUGGAUUGCGACAAAAUCCACUACGGGAUGAUGCUCUGCACCACGGGUUAAAUGUUACUGCAUGCAUGCAGACAUUGCGUAGCCAUGGAGUUCUUCCAUCUCAAGAAAUAAAAUUAGCAUUUUAUUUUUGAGUACUUGUCUCUCCAACGUAAUAAUCUACUCUCUUUUUUUUCUUUUCUUCCAAUGAAUGAGUUCCAUAUAUGGAAAUCUGGUUUACUUCAUUGAUUACAAGUAUAGGCUUGAACUCGAUCUAAUGAUAAUCUAUUCGAAUAUCUUCAGUAUCAUUUAGCUAAAAAAGCAAAACUACAUAGAAAAAAAGGAAUUUAGUACUACAAUCCACCAUUUUUGUAGUUGUAGAUGACAAAUUACCAAAUGCGAGCUAAAUUUGUUAGGAUCAUUUUGAAGACCAAGUAUAGGCUUGUAUUUAUUGAUGGGCCAAUACAAUUAUUAGAGUUUGGUACCUAUUUUUAUAAUGAACUUUUAUUGGUACCUAAACUUUUUAAAACUUUCAUUAUGAUCCAAGUUCAAUUUAAAUGCCACUUGGAUCUAUAAAUCCACAAAUUAUUUGAAUCCAUAUAUAUCUAAUUUCUUAUUUCUCAUAACAAUACCAGCCUAUAAAAAAUAUUACAUAGACUGAAUUAGGCGUAUGAGAAACGAUGAGUAGAAUUUCAAGUCUUUCUGACAUAGUAGGCAGUUCAACACAAUGUGGCUCCGCCACUCUUGAUAGUCACCUUUGAAUAUAUAAUUCGAUAUAUUUCGGUUUAAUUUCAAUAUUACUCCUGAACGAUAACUGUGGUUUACUUUUUUUUCACAAAAAGAAUAUCUUAAUAUUCUCAAAUGGUAUUUCAUCGGUACGAAAUGAUUGAACAACGGUAGUAUCAUAGAAUACCUUACCACCAACGAGUCUAGUAUGACUUCUAGUACGAUGUUACAAAUGGUAUUAUAUAAACCUACCGAGAGAGGACUUGAAAAGUGAAAAAUGAAGGUAAUUUUUGGAAACGUUCAAACACAUGCUCCCUUCUCUGUUUCCACCUACGUGCCUAUAGAUGUCAAUCGGGCGGGAUCGGGGCGGGUUCAAUUGGGUUGCGGGUUAGUCGAGUUUCGGGUUUGUUGGAUUGUGGGUUCAUCAGUUCGGGUUCAAUCGAGUUCGGUUUCAACCGGAUUGCGGGUUAGUCGGGUUUUGGGUCGGACUGGAUACGGGCGGAUCGGGUUGCGGGUUGUUCGGGACAGCGCAUCGAGUCACUUACUCCUUACUUGCUACCAAUUUACACAUUUUAUUACACUAAUUUAAAAUAUUUUUCACAAUUUUUAACCAACUUAUUUCUACCUCAUAUGUAUACUUAAUUUAAAAAAAACUAGUCAAAAUGUUGAAUCAAUUUGAAUGAUUUACAAACUUGUAAUGUAAUUAAUCAUAAUUAGUAAAAUGCACUAGCUAAUAGUAAUGGCGAUAUCAACAUUUGCAACCAAUAGACACUAUUAGCAAACCAAACAAAACACCACUCUAAAAACAAAGAAGAAAAACACUUUUUCUUAUCUCAACAUUUUUUGGCGACAAUAUCACAAUAUAGAUUAAUCCAAACGAAAUUGGGUGGCAAUAUAGAUAAAUCCAAAUGAAAAUUGGGCGGCCUUUUGGAGCGGGAAUGAAGAAGUUGGGCGGCAAUAUAUAUCAAGCAAAAAGAAAAUUGGCCGGCAAUGCAACGGGAAGCAAAAUUGAGUAAAAAAGAGACAUGAAUUAUAUAUAAUAAAUUACAAGCUUAAUUCUCAUUGAAGUAUAAACUUUUUUUUAACAAAAAAAAAAUGAAUCAAGGUUCAUGUGAAUGUUUUGCAAUUCGUUGUCAAUCAAUAAUCUUAAUUUAUAUCCAUAUGCAAAAUCUAGACAGUGCACUAAUAUUAUCAACAACGGUUUAUGGGAGAUGAAAAUCGAGCUUAAUAAUAAAGGAAUUGAAACGUUGGUGGGUCGAAUUGGGUGGAUUUUUCCCUCAUUAGAUUUUCAUUUUGGUAUGAACUAAUUUUAGAGGGAAAAUAAAAUAGGAAGAACGAAAAGUGGUGAGAGAAACAUUGGAGAAGUGAAAAGUUGGGUUGAAAAAAUCAAAAUGAGAGGGAGGAAGUUUCCCACAUAAAUGAAAACAUGUUCUCAAAUCUAUUAUAUCAAAUUAGUCAUGCCUAUAAGUUAUAGUAAAGUUUGUUAUAGAGUAUGAACAAUAUUUUAGUCACUAAAUGCUACCUCCUAAAUCAUCAUAUGUAAACAUUGUGAUAAUUAAUUAAACUCGUAAACCAUCAUAUGUAAACAUUGUGAUAAACUCUCUCUUCUUUCUCUUAAAAAAUUAAAUACAAAAUUUCCCCCUUAUAAAAAAAUAGUUUUACUUAGUCUUAAAACAAAACCUCAUUUUGAAAUUUUAUAUAAUAUAGUAAUUAUUCUGGUCAAUCAGGCGGGUUACGGGUUAGUAAGGUUCGGGCCAAUCGGAUUCAAAUUAAUCGGAUCACAGAUCAAUCGGAUUGCGGGUUAUUAACUUUUAAUCAAUUUGGGUUGCGGUCGAAUCACGAGUCGGAUUUGACAUACUUACCCAAUUUCUCCGUACACCACCCAAUUAAAUGUCUGAUGGAAGUAAGCCACAAAACAAAGAAAUUAAACGUACUGUUUUCCGGCGAGAAAACCUCUUGCGUUGAAUUGAGAUAGAUUGCACCUUUGACUUCUAUGGACAACGAUUUGUAAGACACGGCUCAAACCUCUUCAAACAAAGUUCGAACGAGGGUGUUUGAUUGAUGAUUUUUGGAACCGAGAUCUAAAUUAAAUUACUUCUUUGGGUAACGAUUACUAAGACACGGCUCACACCUCUUCAAACAAAGUUCGAACGAGGGUGUUUGAUUGAUGGUUUUUGGGAACGAGAUCUAAAUUAAAUUACUUCUACUCCUAUGGAGGUUCUGAGAGAGCUCCAGAUCUACGACUAUUGAUAAAAAUUUGCAGAGGAAAGACAAGAUUGAAAAACUUGACAAGUGGUGUCGAGUGGUAAUUUUUGCGGGGCUCUCCUCUGUCGACUCCUCCUCCUAUUUAUAGGCCUUGAGAUGAUAACCGCCGUAGAAACUGUCAUAGAGUAACUUCCAAAAAGAACUGCUCCCUGCUUCCUCGGAACAUGGCUGCCGUGUCCUUUGAACGUGGGAUGAGUAGCCGUUACUUCUCAACUGCCUAGGUACCUCUCUUGAAACCGUCGUAGGAUCUUGUAGCUUGCCGCAUAUAUCACGGUCAUGGACUUCCUUACUCAUGUCCAUGGCCCUCUUGGGACUUAGUCUCUAGUGAUAUAAUAUUUCAUCCCCAUGUCAUUCUCCUUCGUGUCCAUGGCUCCUCUUGUGAGGCGGCAUGGCCCCUCAGAAUUAUCAUAUGGCAUGGCCUCUUGUUUGCACCCAUGGACCUCUCAAUCAUGGACAUGGCCUCCCUCAUGAAGCAGCAAGUCCUUCCCUAUACUUAGAAUAUUUUUGGUUAUUUGAUUUAGAUCAUGAGGCGGCAUUGCCUCUUUAUUCGCGACCAUGGACUUCUUAUUCAUGUCUGUGGCCUCUUCCUUUGGAAGGCAUUGGCCUCCUCAUACUUAGUAUUUUUCACGCGCCCAGGUCCUCUUGUCUCGUGUCCAUGGCUGUCACAUAUGACACGGCCAUGGACAUCUUAAUCAUCCACAUGGCCCUAUAUUUUCAUACUUAGAAUAUUUUUCACAUACCGGGCCUUCCUUGAGAUAGCAUGUGCUUCUUUAUUCUAGAUGGACGUGUUCUUCUUUGAUGAGACGGCAUGGCCUCUUCCGGACUUAGUUAAAUUUUCACUCCUUCGGUCGUAUUGGUGAGGCGGCAUGGCCUCUUCGUUGAGUCGGCAUGGCCUCUAGAUCUCAUACGGACGCGACUUUGUUUGAUGAGGUGUGAGCCGUGUCUUAGUAAUCGUUACCCAAAGAAGUAAUUUAAUUUAGAUCUCGGUUCCAAAAAUCAUCAAUCAAACACCCUCGUUCGAACUUUGCUGUCAAGAUCAUGUAUGUCACCUCGUAAUGGGAAGGCUAGUGGAGAUCAAGUCGAUUUUGAUCAACUAGCACCAGAAGCUUGUCCACCCUCAUUGCCACCCCUAGUCAAUGGGUAUGGUGGAUGCAAACCACCUAAGGGGCGGGAAGAGGGGCAUAGAAGGUUACCGCCUGACAAGUUGAACGUGAAGUGUCAGGCUGGGGGGCACGUUGAUGUCAAGGAAGGUGUACAAAGGGGUUUGUUCAAGAGAACACGACAUUAUUUGUCUAAGUAUGGCAAGGGGGGCAUGCCACCAACCACAAGUAGUGGACAAAUAAGCAUGCAUAAGAAGCCAAAACAAGUCCAAACCACACAUGCAUAUGAUAAGCGUGUUAGCCUGGCUAAACCUGGACAUGGGGGCAUGUCACCCAUCCUGAAGAAUGAAGUAGGGGGCAAGGGUUGGAAGACACAACAGAUCCAAGCCACCCAUGGCUUUUACAAGUGUAAAACUAUGGUUAAGUCUGGACAAGAGGGCAUGCCACCAAUCAUCAACAGUGGACAUGAGGUCAAGUCCAACAAGAAAAGAUGUGAGAAAGCCAAAAAGAGUUCUCAUAGUGUUGAAAAUUUAGCUAAGUAUGGGCAAGGAAUCAUGUCACCCACCAUGAAUAAUGGAGUAGGGGGCAUGUCCAAGAAUCUAAAAGAAUUUCAACCUACACAUGCUUGUGAUAAGUACGCAAGUUUGGCUAAGUGUGGACAGGGGGGCAAGUCCAUGUCCAUGAGUAGUAAGUACAUGCCAUCAAUCAUGAAUGAUGGAUAUAGGGGCAUGCAUAAGAAGGUAUCAUACGCACAAACCAGACAUGGCCUCACAAAGAACCAAGGAUGGUCGUGUGCUAAGGGUAGGAGCCAACAAGGUUUGGAGGUUGAAAGACAAAGUCAAGUGGGCCACAUGGGUGGUCGCCAACUUGUCAAAACUGGACAUCGUCUCCAACAACAUGAGGGGAGUAAGCAUGUCUCAACCAUGAGGAAUCCAAGGCAGAGGAAAACUCAUGGUUGUCUUGACAUGUCAAGUAAGGUGGUCAAAGCACAGGAGCAUGGGACCCCAUGUAAGGCCACCAAAGCUAGACAUGUUGAUCAUAUACCACCCACUGGUAAGCUAAUGUAUGGAGAAUCAUGUUCCAUGGAGGAAAAGAGGCAUGUUGUAUAUGGCUGGCUUGCAUGUUUUAAUCCAUGGAUUUGGCAGUGGGUGUACACCUUUGGCGCAUUAGUUGUUGCCAGAGGCGAUGGAGAGUAGUGACGUUUGUCACUCCUUGUUAUCUUAAAUAAAUAAAUAUCAUAUAUAUUAAUUAAUAAAUAAAAGCCAAUCAGGGCUCUAUAAGAAAAAAAAUAGAGAGAAAAUAACAAAGUGGUAAUUUUGAGUUGAAGUCAUUAGACUUUGAUGUGAAGAUCUUACCACCAAGUCGUAGUGAUGGCUUGGCAUACCGAGUCGUAGAUUGCGUCUUUCCAUGCUAUGUCAUCUUGUCCCAAGUGGCCACCAGUUUGGAUGUUGGCCACGACCUAAGGGCAUCGUGCGUUGGAGAAGAGUGAUGGCCAGCUUGAGCAUGUAAAAUAAGAACAAUGUAGGGGCCUCACUGAAUUGUUGACGAGAAGCCAACAAGGCAAGGGGUUCUCGUUGCUACACAUGAAUGAAGACAACAUAGGCGACAUAGCUAGCCACUUGAAAAAAGUAGGUAUCAUGGUGUUGUUUUAGGGGGGAAAAUUUCAAGUUUUAUUGAACCUAUGGUCAUGGGUGAGUAGAGACAAGCCUUGUUACUCGAGGACCAGUUAGAGAAGGGAUAUAAGUGGUCAAGUCGGCCUCAACUACUUAGUCCAUAAUCCUUAUGCACUAUGUAGUUGGGGGGCAUUUGUUUACACCAUAAAUGUUGUCUUGUACCACAUUGGUGAGUUACAAGAUAAUCAAGGAGUUUAUAAGGCCACACCCAUUAUAACAAUUAAUGUUCUUUAAAUUGGGCCUUAUGGAUAUUGAUUUUAAUGAGCAUGGACAUGAUUCAAUAAGGGACAUGGGCCUCUCGUAAGAGGCCAUGCCAUGCCACGAGAUGACAUUAAAAUUUCUAAGUAUGAGAAGUCCAUGGCCAUGAAUGAAGAGGCCAUGCCGCCCCAUGACCAAGGGCCUAAUGACUGAAAAAUAAACUAAGUCUGGAAGAGGUACAUGCCGCUUCAAGGAGAAGCAUGUGCCACUUCAACGAGAGGUCCAUGCCGCUUCAUGAGAAGGGGCAUGGACGCGAGACAAGAUGAGAUGUCCACGCCACUUCACGAGAAGGGGCAUGGACACAAGAAAAGAUACUAAGUAUGAGAGGGUCAUGCUGUGUCACGAGAAGGGCCACAAACAUGACUGAGAAGUCCAUGGCCGCGAAUGAGGAGGCCAUGUCGCCUCAUGAUCCAAAAUAUACUAAGUCUGAGAAGGUCAUGACGCCUCACGAGAAGGGACAUGUGCAUGAUUAAGAGGUCCAUGGCCGUGUCAUGUGAUGGCCAUGGACACGAAUGAGAAGGGUCAUGGACGCGAGACAAGAUGAGACGUCCAUGCCACUUCACGAGAAGGGGCAUGGACGCAAGAAAAGAUACUAAGUAUGAGAGGGCACUGCUGUGUCACGAGAAGGGCCACAUACAUGACUGAGAAGUCCAUGGCCGCGAAUGAGGAGGCCAUGUCGCCUCAUGAUCCAAAAUAUAAUAAGUCUGAGAAGGUCAUGCCGCCUCACGAGAAGGGUCAUGUGCAUGAUUAAGAGGUCCAUGGCCGUGUCAUGUGAUGGCCAUGGACGCGAAGCAAGAAGCGUUAGAAAUGAUUGAAAAUACUAAGUAUGGAAAGGCCAUGCCGCCUCAUGAGAGGGGCCUUGUGCAUGAUUGAGAAGUCCAUGCCACUUCACAAGAGUGGCCAUGGACACGAAUGAGAAGGGGGUGGUGGUGGAGCACUAUAUCAAUAAUGACUACGUCCCAAGUGGGCCAUGGACAUGGGUAAGAAGUCCAUGGCCAUGAGACAAGAGAAUCAUGACCCCCCUUUGCAAGACACCACAUGCUCGUCAAAAGACUAGCAUGGCACGAGAUUCAGAACAAGACCAGGCGAGGCAAGCUAUACUCCAAAAGCCACGACAGUUCCAAGAGAGGCACCUAGGCGGUUGAAGGAGUAACCACCACUCCAAGGAAGCAGGGAGCAGUUCUUUUUGGGAGUUAUCCAAUAGGCGGUUUUCUACCGAAGAAGGAGGAGCGGUUCUUUGUAGCAGUUAUCCAACAAGCGGUUUUUUAUGGCGGUUACCUCCUCGGGCUAUAAAUAAGAGGAGGGGUCGACAGAGACAAAAGGUUCCAAAACCAACACUCUGACACACAUGUCAAGUUUAUCCUUUACCUUUUCUCUAUCAUGUAGCCAUAGAUGUAGUUCGUAGUUUGGAGCUCUCGUCGAACCUCCAUAGGAGUAGAAGUAAUUUAAUUUAGAUCUCGUUCCCAAAAACCAUCAAUCAAACACCCUCGUUCGAACUUUGUUUGAAGAGGUGUGAGCCGUGUCUUAGAAAUCGUUGUCCAUAGAAGUCAAAGGUGCAAUCCAUCUCAAUUCAACGCAAGAAGUUUUCUCGCCGGAAAACAAAUUUGGCACACCUGGUGGGACAAUUGUGUUUGAUUUGAUGGCUCCACGACUGAGAGAACAAGAAGGGGAUCUUUCACCUGGGUUUGUGAUGGAUCUUGUCGCCAAUUUUGAACUUGGCCAAGAAAGAAAAGGAUUGGUCGGAAACAAUGGCAAGGUAGAGGCUUUGCCACCGCCGGCACCUUCUGUCAAAGUAACCACCACCGUCAUGUCACGCCAUUUGAUAGUGGAGGAGACACAGAAGAUGACGACGGAGAACCGCCUAGCCAUGGAGAAAAACCUCCAGGCCAUGGAGGAGAACCGCCAAUUCAUGGAGGAAAGCUGGGAUGAACUUGUUAGAUGUUCACAUCAGACAAGUCUCAAACUUGCUUCUCUUAGUUCCACCUUAGAUAGAAGGUUGGACCAAUUAUUUGAAGUAUUUAUAAAAAAUAAAAAUUUCUUGGAUAAGUUUAAAAAUGAUUUUAUAGAUCCAGUGGUGCAAGAAAUAUCUUUACCAAAUAAUGGUAUAGAUCCACCACCAAGUAUUUCUACUAAGGAUACAAUUAUUAUGGUCUCCGGUGGUCGGACUGCCCAACCACGGUCAGGGAACUCGUCGCCUCCGGUGACAGGUCAACCCCCUUUUUUACGUGGUGGUUAUGGCGAGAAUCUCACUCACAAGUUCUCCACCCACAUAGAGCAACCGCUUGUGCAGACAGUUACACAAGAAACUGUCUUGCUGUCAAGAUCAUGUAUGUCACCUCGUAAUGGGAAGGCUAGUGGAGAUCAAGUCGAUUUUGAUCAACUAGCACCAGAAGCUUGUCCACCCUCAUUGCCACCCCUAGUCAAUGGGUAUGGUGGAUGCAAACCACCUAAGGGGCGGGAAGAGGGGCAUAGAAGGUUACCACCUGACAAGUUGAACGUGAAGUGUCAGGCUGGGGGGCACGUUGAUGUCAAGGAAGGUGUACAAAGGGGUUUGUUCAAGAGAACACGACAUUAUUUGUCUAAGUAUGGCAAGGGGGAAAAAUAAAAAUGGCUCAUGAAGAGGAGGCUAAGGUCACCACUCACUCUUCUCUUCAAAAAGAGUUGGCCAAAGGAAAACAAACAUCGAGUGAAGUAGCUACGUUCCAAGCUAAGGAGGCUACCCGCAAGGCCAGGAUUGCUGAGCUUAAGGCAGAGCUUGAACGUCUUGAAGAAGAAGAGGCUCAAGAACGAGAUCAAAAGGAGUCCCUAGCACGAAAUCUUAAUGAAACAACGGCCACCAUUCGUGCUCUUCGCCAGAAAGAAGGAUCCCUCAUGGCUGUAAACGAGAUUGCUCUUCAACGAGCCAAAGCGAGCUUCAUGGAUCGUGAAAGCAAGACCAAGCUCAACAAGUUGAAGGCUAGCUUUGAAGAAAUUCUCAAGUCACUCAAUGCUUAAUUGUCUUUGUUUUAUUCCUUGACAGUCGGCUUGGCCAUGGUUUGGCUCUUGAUUUGUCGGUUUUUUUCUUUCGGAUUUUGUAACUCGUUUUACAUGACUUUUUAAGAUUUUCGUGGCCCCUUUGUUUAUCACCAUGAUGUUGUGUUCUCUUAACGCCGGACGGCCACUUGAUCCGAACAGGGUGGUAGCCCGUUAUAUUUUUUUUCACAAAGCCCCGUGGCUUACUUAGUCAAGCCUGGCUUCACAUAGAAAGCCACCAACUCCCAUGUCCUUCACAUACAAUCUUGUGGUGGUUGAAAUCAAACUUAGAUCUUUUU